CUUUCACGCACCAUUUUCUCCAUAUGGACCUUCCAAGUACAUUAACAGAAUCACGUUCCUCUGAAACUUCAACCAUCAUCUCUGUUUCAGAGGCUCAAUCAUGCCCAAAACAUGAUCACUCACCCGAAAUCCCACAGGAGGGAAUCCAGCAUGAACAAGAAGAUCAAGAAAACCUGCCACUAGACUCGAAUCCUGAUCUUAUAUUGGAUCUAAGCCUCUUCAGCAGCAAGGAUUUCAAUCAUGGGUCGUCGAAGCCAGAACUCAAUGAUCUCGUCGAUUCCGUCGAUGUAAACUCAUCGAGAAACUCUUCGGCCGCUGAUCCUGAUCGUCAUCAUCAGGGUAAUUAUGAAAACGAGCCCCGGGUUUUCUCAUGCAACUAUUGCCAAAGAAAAUUCUAUAGCUCACAGGCACUGGGAGGGCACCAAAAUGCUCAUAAACGAGAGCGGACACUAGCAAAAAGAAGUCAGAAAAUAGGUGCAGCUUUUGGAAACCGAUACCCUAUCAUGGCGUCUUUACCUUUGCAUGGCUCUUUCAAUAGGUCUCUUGGGAUCCAGGUGCACUCCAUCAUUCAUAAGCCAUCCUACCAAUCAUCAACUGUUAGAUCCCCUUAUGAUCUCUAUGGCCAAAAUGGGUGGUCAAGACAGCCUUUUGAUCAUCAACAGCCAGCCAUUGGGCGGCUUGCAGCGGAGAGUUUGCACAUGGGAGUAGCAGUACUGGCACCGUCGUCGGCUGAGACUGGUGGGGCUGCAAGACUCGAUAGCAGUCGGAAGUUCUCUCCGGCCACUGAGGGAAUUGGAGGGUUUUGGUGGGAUAGUGUUGGUCUUUCUUCACUUAACAGCCAUUGGAGGUCUAAACAAGAUGAGUUGCAGAAGCUCGACUUGUCCCUUAAGCUCUAACCAGUUCUCUGUAUCUCUAUCUUGUUUUUUUUAUCUUCCGGUUUUUUCCAAAUUUAAUUCUGUCUCCUUUUUCUUCAUCGAUUUUAAAAGUCAUUUUGCCAUUUAUGUUUACGAUCAACUUCUGUAAAUGCA